AUGGGCAAGGACACCAUCACCCUCGCUUCCGGCCGCGAGAUGCCUCUCGUCGGUUUCGGCCUGUGGAAGGUUCCCCGCGAGACCUGCGCCGACACCGUCUACAACGCCAUCAAGACCGGCUACCGCCUCUUUGACGGCGCCUACGACUAUCAGAAUGAGAAGGAGACGGGCGAGGGUGUCCGCCGCGCCAUCGCCGACGGCCUCGUCAAGCGUGAGGACAUCUUCAUCACCACCAAGCUGUGGAACAACUACCACCGCAAGGAGCACGCCCUCGAGAUGGCCAAGAAGCAGAACGAGACCCUCGGCCUGGGAUACAUCGACCUCUACCUCAUCCACUUCCCCGUCGCUCUGAAGUACAUUGAGCCCUCCAAGAUCCCCUACCCCGCCUGGUGGCAAGACGAGGCCCAGACCAUCGUCGAGACCGACAACGUGCCCAUCCGCGAGACCUGGGAGGUCCUCGAGUCCCUCGUGGACCAGGGCAUCGCCAAGUCCAUCGGCGUCUCCAACUUCCAGGCCCAGUCCCUCUACGACGUCCAGUCCUACGCCCGCCACCCCAUCUCCGCCCUCCAGAUCGAGCACCACCCCUACCUCGUCCAGCCCGACCUCAUCUCCAUGGCCCAGGAGAACAACAUCGCCGUCACCGCCUACUCCUCCUUCGGUCCCCAGUCCUUCCUCGAGAUCUCCAACAAGCGCGCCAUCGGCGCAAAGGGCCUCUUCGAGGUCGACGCCGUCACCAAGGCCGCCGCCGCGCACAACGCCACCCCCGCGCAGGUUCUCCUGAGAUGGGCCACCCAGCGCGGCAUCGCCGUCAUCCCCAAGAGCAACAGCCAGAACCGUCUGCAGCAGAACCUCGAGGUCAACGGCUUCGAUCUGACCCCCGCGGAGCUUGAGGCCAUCUCUGACCUUGACCUUGGCCUGCGCUUCAACGACCCUGGCUUCUACCUGCCCCAGAAGCCUCUGCGCAUCUUUGCCUAA